AUGUUAGACAUAAAAACAAUCUCGGUUCGUCGUACUCUAUAUUUGACUCUUGUCCGUUGUCAACUCCAAUCUCAACUGUGCUAUGGUUCUCACGUUUGGGCUCUUCAUUACCUCAAUCAAUUGAGUUUAAUCAAGCGUACGGAAAAAGUGCAAAGACGAGCUACUAAAUUCAUCCUGGAUCUGACUGUUGAGAUGUUGGGUAUUAUGAUUCCUCUCUGUUAUUGGCAUGAGUUUCUUGAUAUGAUGUUUUCUUCAAACUCACUCAUGGCUUAUCAAGUAUGAGUGCAGACUUCCAAAGCUUCGGAACCAAGAGAAGGUAACAAGGUCAGCUGAUUCGGAUUGCAUCUGCAUGUGUUUCGGAAACGACAAAAUGUAAAACAACAACAUUUCAGAAGUCGUAUUUGACCAAAUCGACCAGAGUGUGGAGUAUUCUGCCAAGGAACUUGACAAGAACAUCGACUUCCUUGAAUGAAUUUACAAACGGUCUGCGCAGUUAUUACAAAUCGGCAUUAGAAAAUACUUUCGACGCAGAAGAUCCACGAGCAUUUAAAUCUAUAUGUUUGUCUUGUAAUAAAUGUCGUAGUGUGUCCAGUUCAAAGUUGUGUUGUUUUUAGUUAAUUUAUUUAAUUAAACUGUCUUGAGUAAUAUUUCUUUGUAUCGUAAUAAGAAUUAUGUGAAGGGCCGCUAUUAUUGGCGAAAGCUGUUACGUGUUCCCUGCCAUGUGACUGUUUUGUAAAUGUAAAAUGCAAAUAUAGUGUGAAAGAUGUAAUUGGCGAAGUUUAAUAAAUUAAACAAUCCGUCGGUGCACCUUCACAAAUACACGCCCCAUCUUGAUAAACAUGGCAUGUAAAUGACAUUGCAAGUCAAUGUCUAGUCUCGAGACACCAAAUUAAUUUAUUCCUCCCUCCUCAAUAGACCCUAGAUUUUUGGCAAUGUUUCAAAUCAGGCGGGUUUCAAAUGUACGAAAGCCACGAGCGCAGGUUCGGAAAUAGAAAGAGUAACAUAAUAGCUUACUGUACAAAAAUUUAACACAUUUUAAACAAUCUUUGUGCACAGAAAGCCGACUCGGCCAAAAAAGCGUAACCGCCGUCACGCCAUGAUUUGUCAUCAAAAUGCGCUUGCCAUGUUCCUAACCAGUGCGCUUAUAAAAGACAUACACCCCCCCUGAACAUCCACAAUUUUUUAAUAGUUUCAGGGGGGUGAAUGCCUCUCAUAAGCGCACUGUAUAGGAACAUGGCGACAGCAUUGCAACGGUUACGUCAAAACCUUUUCGAACCGACUUGAACCAAAGAUCAUAUGUUAGAUCCCCACUGCAGUCAAGCAAUUUUUCAGCUUGCCCAGUGUGGAGCCACUCAGAGAAAUGUAAUAUAAAAUCAUCUGAGUUCAAACGCCACAAUAAUUAGAUUUACAAUUAUUAUUAUCGAGAACCUUUAUCGUGCAUUGUAGUCCACAGACGAUAAUCUCUAUUUCAUGGUCAGAUCAAUUUCGAAUGAUGCAUACUCUUAUUUGUGUUGUAGAAGCGAAACCCGAAAGUUGUCGUGACUAUCAGGAAAUCAAAGUCCAGGAACUGAUUCAAAACCUUGCCAUUGGAACUAUCCCAAGAUGCAUGUGGGUCGUGCUUGAAGAUGAUCUUGUGGACAGUUGUAAACCUGGCGAUGACGUCACUAUAAGUGGUAUCGUAAUGAGAAGGUGGAAGUCAGUGAAAAUUGAUGUUAGUAUCACGCUCCUCCGUAGAGACUUAUUAUUUAGGCUUUUCAAACAUUCUUAGUACUAUUAGUAUAGGUAAUCAUGCGAUGGCGAGUACAAUUAGCGAUUAAUAAUACGAGUGAUGUUUGGAAAUUUUGCCAAAAUUGGACGAGCCGCCGUACUUGUUUAUUAUUAGCAUGACAAAAUUGGAUACUUAUCAAUGUCAACAUUAUAUUAUCUCGCCAAAGCCCAGUCCUACCAGACUUUCAACCAAAUUUUGGUGCUUUUGUUCGCAUUUCAUUUACUUCUUUUGUUAAAGCAAAAUUUGGUGCUUUUGUUCGUAUUUUCAUCUAGUUCCUCUGCGGUAAUUUCAUUUCAAAUUUGUGUUUAAAAUACCUUUCCGCCAUUUUGUUUGUUUUGAGAAAAUCAUUAAUUGUACUGCAAUACAAUUAAUGAAAUAAUUGUACUCCUCUCAACCAAUCAGCAUCCAGUAAUUUUGUCAUGCUAAUAAUAAGUCUUAUUAGUGGUACACAUUAGGGAAUUAAGGGAUGCAAAAUGGAAGAGGGCGAAAAAUGAAAAGAAAAGCCUAUGCCAAAUAAUGUGCGGUUCUGCACGUGCACAAGUUAGCUGUUUUGAAAAUAACAUGGCCUCAGCGAUACAGUCGAUAUGUUUGAAACCCCCAACACUAGCUGACAGGCCUGUGUGGAGGACAGUGCAAUAGUGUAUAGAUCUAUUUGUUUUUGACUGUCGAAGUUAUAUAUUUAUUAUAUAAAUUGCGUAUGGGUCAUGGAACGCAUCAUUGAACAUUUACAGUGUAUACAGAUGACGAUGACUUUGAAAUAAAGUGACUUUGAAAUAAUUUCAUAUUUUUAAACGUUCUAUUGUAUUAAUUCAAAUCUGGAAUUUCAAGAUGACAUUAUUAUUCGGAAUUUAUUUCUUUUUAAACUUUUCUUAAAUUCUCAGCUGGCCGUGGUCGUUGAAAGUCAUUCCAUGCAACAUCGCCUUAUUCGGCUUAUUGGUGUCAAAAUUCGUCAAUUUAGUAUCACUAUCACUAUCACUAUCACAUCAACUACUCAAACAAAAAGUACAGUUACAUAAAUGUGUCGCAUACUUUUUCCUAAUUUUAGACGAAAUGUGACUUGGAAAUGGUCGUUCAAGCUAACCAUGUCAAUGUCCACAACGAACAAAAUGGUAGAACCAUUGUAACAGAUGAACUAAGAACUGAGUUUGAGAAUUUUUGGCAGGAACACAGAGACAAUCCUUUGGAAGGUCGUAACCAUAUCAUUGCAUCAAUGUGUCCACAGAUAUUUGGUUGUUACGUCGUGAAAUUAGCAGUUACACUUGUCUUAAUUGGGGGAGUAAGGAGGGUUGAUAAAACUGGAACCAAGGUUCGCGGUGAAUCUCAUCUUUUGCUUGUUGGUGAUCCUGGUAAGAGAGCAUAUAGUAGCAGUAUUGAUAUUUUACACAGCGUAUAUUUGCUGUACAACCCACACUUUUAUACUGUACAUGCAGCUUGUAACUGAGGGUAUACAAUACUAAUCAUCCGUAUACUUGCAGCUGAGAGCUAAGCUAAAUUGGGAAGGACGCAGCUCAAGCUGACUAUCGAAUCGAAGGCUUUCUAAGGGCACCUCUGGCAGCCUCAUGUCUAGUCACGUAGUGCAUCAGCUAUACGCGCUCAAAAACGUGAAACUCCAAAGAUAAUGAAUGACGUAUGAAAUUAACGGUUCGAAUUCCAUAGUUCGACCAUGGAUCAUAAAAAUACUAUCCAUUUUUUAACUAUCCAUGGUUCGACUGUUACAUCCAUGUUGACAAAAACGUCUGGUGCAUUAAGCCUGUUUUCCACUCAUCGCAGAAACCAAAUCGUUGCGAGUCGAGUGUACCUUCAUCCAAUCGCAAUGCUAGACAGUUCAUUUUAAUUCGAUGUAAGCACUCGCAGUGAGCGUGCGAGUUGGUUUUUGCGAUGAGUGGAAAAGAGCCGUUACCUUUCUAUAAAAAGAUUAUCAACUUAGGAUAACUGACGCGUUAUUACAGGUACGGCUAAAUCACAGUUCUUAAAGUACGCAGCAAAGAUUGUACCAAGGUCUGUAUUAACGACUGGUAUUGGUUCAACAAGUGCUGGUCUUACAGUGACUGCAUUGAAAGAUGGUCCUGAAUGGCAGCUUGAGGCUGGAGCAUUAGUACUUGCUGAUGGAGGACUGUGUUGUAUUGACGAGUUCAGUUGCAUAAGGGAGCAUGACCGAAUAAGUAAGUAUUUUAAUGCAUUCAUGUGAGCCGUUUAAAGUGAAGAAUAUCGUUCACAGGAAUUCUGUAUUUGAGAUGGGUAGCUGGCAACACAGUAUGCAGAGGGUUUCAUAAUUCUAGCCUACGAUGCGGUGCCCAAACAAACGCAAUCACCGCAAUCAUAAGCGAUUACUGAAAUAACAUGAUCAGCGCGAGUACUUUACUAGCUAAAUUACCUUUCUAUCUUCCAGGUAUUCACGAGGCUAUGGAACAACAAACUAUAAGUGUAGCAAAAGCUGGGAUAGUUUGUAAAUUGAACUCAAGGACGACCAUCCUUGCUGCAAGUAAUCCGAAGGGAAAGUAUGAUCCAGAAGCAAGUCUUAGUGUGAAUACAGCCAUUGGAAGUCCUUUGUUAAGUCGCUUUGAUUUGGUCCUUGUACUCCAAGACACUUACAGUCAAGACUGGGAUAGGUAAACUUGUACAAGCUGAGAUGGAGGUUUCCUUACCUUUGCUAUUUAACAAAAGAAACGCCUAGGAAUAAGAAAACAAUAUAUGAUAGUAAUUGACCGUUUUGAUUCUUGAGUGUGAGAGGUGCAAAUUUUAUCAAAAUACAAAAUGUAAUUCAGUGCCAAAAAAUUGAAUGUGCAAAAACCAUUCAGUGAAUAAAAAUAUUUUCUUUGUUUUUUACUCAUGUUAGGUAGGCGGCUACGUAAUGCUGAAGGUACCACUCACCAAACCUCUUCACCUCCGCUAUCCUCCGAAACCCACUACAGCUGUCACUUCACCAAGGGGGAGGGAGUUCUGAUGGCGUUUUCCAUUAAGACCAUUUGAAAUGGCAUUUCCAGCCAUUUUGGAGAGUGGUUUCGGAGAAAUAGAAAACUAGGAAACGUUUUCCACGACAUUUCUUUCCCCAUGUCAUUUCUCUAGGAAAUAUUACCGAUUUCUAUUGGGAACCCUGUUAGCUACACAACAUAUCUUGACGAAGAUUUAUUAAUUUAAUUUCAGGGUUGUUUCCAGCUUUAUUCUUCAGAAUAAGAAAAUUGGCCAAAGAGAUACAAGUAAUUCUCAUCUAUGGAGUAUCGAAAAACUUCAGGCGUAUUUCUGUCUGGUUAAGACGUUAACACCAUCACUCACACCUGAGAGUAAUAGGUAAAUAUUAUGAAGAAUUAAAAUUUUGUUAAAUUUCGGAAUCAUCUGGCGCUUGCCUUGCCUUUCCUACGAAGAGAGCUAUUUGUAAUGCUUCUGCUGCCUCGUACCCAGGUGCUUUAAAUAUAAUACAUGAAGCAUUCAGGCAGGCAGGCGACGCGCGGAGGAGCUGUUGGGAAGGGUGCAAGUGCACUCUUCCCAUCAGCCCCUUUGCCCUUCUCUCGCCACUACUACAUCAUGUAAACUUGUCAUACGCGCAUCGCUGUUUUUUUACAAAAACACCUGGGUACGAGGCAGAUGCUGCUGUAUAAUAUUAUCUGGGCAAAGAUUACAAGGACAUUAAAUACUGUAGGCUCUGAACGUCCAGACAUACAUUUAAUAGUCAAAGAAAAGAUGCGUGCAAAAUGUUUUAUGCUGGAGACUGCGAUACAGUAAAAACCCGAACAAAAGGACCACUAUUUUUGCUACAUUUUGUUACACUACAAAUGGUUAUUAUAUAAAAUGUAUAUUACAUACUAUACUAAUCUGACAGUGUGCAUUAUUAACCGCUUUAAUUUUUUUAAUCCGAAAACAAGUAUUGUUUUCUUGUUUUAAAUUUACACCGUUAAUUGAUUUUGCGGAUUUGGUAAACCAGCGCGCGGGUAAAUGUAUCUCGAUAGUAUACAAUUUGUUUUUAGAUAUGCACUUAAGAUUAAAUUGGGUUUGUAGCAGCUUGUAACUGCCCUUUGAACUCCUUUCCACUUCACCUACUACUGUACAAAAGUUACAGUAUAAGGUUUUUUAUAGCCUCUUCCGCAGGCAUCUCUAUAGGGUCAGGGUUAGGGUGAUCGGUGAACAAAUUAGCUGCAACUAGAUUGUUUUUUCGAUACCUUUACCUAUAGAUAUGACUGCCGAGGUGGCUGCUUUAUCCACUGCUUCUUUCAUAUGCAGAGUUUUAUACUGUAUAAAAUUAUUUUUUCUGAAUUUAUGCAGGAUUCUCAGCAAAUACUACCAAUGCCAGAGGAGGGCUGAUACUCGCAAUUCUGCUCGUACUACAAUAAGACUUUUAGAGAGUUUGAUUCGUUUGGCUCAAGCUCACGCAAGAUUGAUGUUUCGAAAUACAGUGACUGUACAAGAUGCUGUGAUGGCAGUCUCAGUCGUUGAAUGUUCCAUGCAGGGCACUGCCAUUUUGGGAGCUACAAAUGUUCUCCAUACCAGGUUUCCAAAUGACUGUAAUGGUGAAUACAAUAAACAGGCUGAACUGGUAUUGAAUGCAUUGGAAUUGCAAGAUUUACUUGAAGCGGAACUUAGAUCAUGAGUGGGGGAAUGAAGUGGUAAAAAAGAGUAGUACAUGCAACUAUAUUAAAGAGAGGAAUAUAGAAUACUGAAAAGAGGAACAUAGGGAAAAGGUUGAAAUUGUAUUUGCACUGAAUGAACUGGAAUUACUUCAAGAGAACUUCAAUCAUAAAAUGAUAAAGAGAAGUACUAUAGAGGUAAAAGAGAAAUACAGUAAAUCGUUAAGAGAGAAAUUCACCCAGAAUAUAUAGAAUAUCCUGAAGAGACAGGGGAAUAGCGGAAACAGGCUGAACUGGUAUUGAAUUACACAAUUUUUGUGAAAUGAGAUGUACUUGUGGACAUGUUGUUGUGUAAUGCGCGUUCGUUAAUUCUGGACAUGAUAGUGUGUUAAAAUUGCAACCGAUACAUUUUCUGUACUUAAUCAACUUACCCCAAGUCGCUCAAAUUGCGAGUUAUCUGGAAAUGGAUAUACACAUGUGUAUGUUGAUGGUCUUGAUGGAUUAGGAUAUUAUCCUAGCCGACUUAAUUGACAGCUCAACAUGGCUAAUGAAUACAACGGAUAUCGUAAAUAGAAUGCCGUGAAUUAGGACAACUUGAUAUUGUUUUAUAGAUUAUAUUUUUAUAGAAUAUAUACUAGAAGUUACUAUCGCAAGGCAAAUGCUGCCUUACGACCAAAGCCCUGGGGAAUAUAUAUUAUCACAAUCCACAUGUUAUUAUACUAUCUCACAGAA